AUGGAAGAACAUAGUGGAAGUGACAAUGAAUCUAUAAUGCCUGGAAAAGAUAAAAAACCAAUAAAUAUUAGUAUGUUGUAUAGUUAAAUAAUUCUAAUAAUUUUUUAUGCUUGAGUAGCUAGCUGAAUUUUCAUUUUAUCAAAUACACUAAGAUGUAUAUGCAGUAUUGAAUCCAGGUAUAAGACAGAGUGAGUGAUAGCCCUUUGUUAAAUAUGGGUAAAUUAAUAAUUAAUUAAAUAAUUAAACAAAUUUGACUAUAAUUUUAGUAAUGCCCCCUCCCCCAGAAAAAUUGUCUGAAUUCAACACUGUGUAUAUGGUUCUUUGAUAUUUUGAACAAACUCUUAAACUUCCUGGUAAUUCCUGGCUAUCCUGCUCAUAUAAAAUACUAAUAUGAUUAUAACAUACUGGUCAUUAAUCUGUAUAAAAAAUGUGAGUAGAAUUAAUUACAUUAUUUUUAUUGAUAUUUAUAUAAUAAAAACACACCUCAUUAUAAAAUAGAGCUCCAGGGUUUCUAAGCACAUUAAACAAACAAAAACAUAAUAAUACACAUAUAAAUUGAAGUAAUGUUUUAAAACUGUUACAUUCACACAUACUGCAAUGUUAAGAAACUUUACUUAAGAUUCUUAAUAAAAAUAAACAAAUACAUAAAAAUUAAAAUCUAUAUAGAUUAUACACAAAAUGAACUAAAUUAAUAUUAGAUAAUAUGUUACCACAAUGGUAAAUAAAAAUAGCUAUAAAUAGGUAAUAAGAACUUUCCUUCAGUAUUUUGUCAUCAUAAAAUUUUGUUUUCAUAUUUUUAAAUAAGUGAGGUAUAUCAGAAAAACUAUACAUUUUCCGCUUUUCAUCCAGAGAAUAUUGAAACCAAUUUUUUAUGGAAUUAACUUGGCUCCAUUAUUCAAACUCAGUCCACUUGUUUCUGUUUAUCUGAGUUCCAUCAGAGACAAAUCCAUGUACAAUAGCACCUGCUUGUUCCAGAACAAUUAUAUAUUUUAAUAUAAGUUACUAACUUUGUGCCAACUACAGGUUUUCUUAAAGUGAAGACAGCAACUGUUUGAAAUAUUUAGCUGCAAGUAGCUGAAACAUGAAAACUAGGUAACUAGAUGCCUUUUCAUUUAAACCACUUGCCUUAAAAUCGCCAACCAAAAUUCACAAAGCCUUUAAAUAAGAUACUUGAAACACACAGUAAUUGCUUCUCUGACUGAAAUUUCAUCUACGAGAAUAAUAUCAUGUUUUUGCAUUUUGGAUUUUUUUUCUAGGUGUUUUUUGAAUAGUGCAAAAAAUUGUUUAUUAAACAUACAUCACAAGAUGUAUCUAUUAAAGAAAGAAACCAUCUUAUAGUACUAACAUUGGGUAAUUGCAUUAUAUUAUUCUUCAAGUAGAAAUUGUAAUCACUUGGUAAUUGUAUAUUUAAAACAACAUACAGUGCAACACCAUUCUUCUAAGUAUCAUCCCCCUACAGAAUUGCUAACCUGAUUUUAAUAAAAUUAAUCAUUUUAAUAUUAUGGUAAUUUUAUAAAUGACUAUAUUACUACUCUUUGGUGUAGUUUUUAAUGAAGCUUGUUUUGGAGAUGAUAUUGAAGACGACUGUAGUUUCCUUUACUUUAUAUUGUGUAUAGUUCUUACACAGUACAAACAAUGCAAGUUGUUUAAAAUUACACUGAACAUCUGACAUUUAUAUCAUCACUUGCAUAGUAUCAAAUAUGAUAUUGUAAUUGGAAAAAUGAUUGCAAUUGUAAAAAUAUUGUAAUUAAAUUUUUUUUUUUCUACUUUUUAGAGCAGGGGUUCCUAACCGGUGGUCCAUGGACCCUUAGGAGGUCCGUAGAGAGUAACUCAGAGGUCCACAAAGUGGGUGUGAGAUUUUUAAAAUUACCCAAAUAUAAAUUUAUUUCAAAUUAUUCGAUGGUGUUCAUUGACAAAGGCUUAUCCACUGGCUGUAUCCAGGGCAGUGAAAUGCUUGAUUCCAUUUGCCACUACAUAUCUCUGUGA